CCGUGACAUGAAAGGAGCUGCAUGGCAGGUUAAACACAUCAGGAAUGAGGAAAUGAAAUGGCAGCAUUGAUGAAAACCAAACCCCAAUCUGUGCCAUUAGGUGGGUGUUUUGCUUUGGAGGUGAGUCUGCUGGAAAAUUACUGCCCGUGUUCAGUGACUGUGGGCCUGGGGCUGUGCAGGAGCAGUAUAAAAGCAGGAAAUUCUCCUCACCCUCUCAUCCACUGCUCUCGCCUCCACCUCCUCGGGGACAAGGUGAAGCUCUACCAUCCAGACAUGUCCUGCUACAGCCCGUGCCUGCCCUGCCAGCCCUGCGGCCCGACCCCGCUGGCCAACAGCUGCAAUGAGCCCUGUGUCAGGCAGUGCCAGGACUCCAAUGUCUUCAUCCAGCCCUCCCCCGUGGUGGUGACCCUGCCCGGACCCAUCCUCACCUCCUUCCCACAGAACACCGCCGUGGGCUCCUCCACCUCUGCUGCCGUUGGCAGCAUCCUCAGCUCCGAGGGAGUGCCCAUCAACUCCGGGGGCUUUGGCAUCUCCGGCUUGGGCCUCUCUGGCUUGGGCGGCCGCUUCUGUGGCAGGAGGUGCCCCCCCUGCUAAAGCUGCUGGCGAUGGCCCUGGGGAAGGGCCCAGGAACCCAGAAGAUGUCAUCACACUGGGGAAGGAACCUUUGGUUGCUGCUUCCAAAGCA